AUGAGCUGCCCUUUCGACGAAGAACAAUUGACCCAAUUAAAGACAUUUGUUGAGCUUUGCAAAAAUCAACCCUUAAUACUCCAACAUCCAAAAUUAUCUUUCUUUAAAGAUUAUUUGGUGUCUUUAGGUGUAUCAUUACCCACGGCUACAUUUGGUACCAAAACAUUUGCGCCUGCAGGAGAUGGUAACUCUCAAAGCAAUGUUGGAGAUAGUGCAAAGGAGCCAUCUUCUGAAUCUGAGGAUGAGCCAGAGUCUGAUGUGGAGCUUGAUAUGGAAGGUGUUAUUGAAGGUGACCCAUCUGAGGCUACUCAAGAAAUGGGUGAUGAAACAAAAGAGCCAACUGAUGAAGAGAGAGACCAGUCUGAUGAGAAGCGGUCCGAGGCAAUGAAAGCUUUCUCUGAACAGAAUUAUGAAGAAGCCAUAAAGGCUUACACUGAGGCAAUAAAACUUAAUCCGUCGAGUGCAUUACUCUUUGCAAAGAGAGGACAAGUGUUUCUUAAACUGAACAAGCUCUAUGCCUGUAUCAAGGAUUGCACUCAUGCAUUGAAACUGAACUGUGACAGUGCUGCCGCUUACAAGUUCCGCGGACGUGCAUACAGGCUUUUAGGUAAGUUCGAGGAAUCCUCUCAUGACCUCUGCGAAUCUCUGAAGAUCGAUUAUGACGACCAAACAAAUGAAUGGUUAAAUGAAGUGAAACCAAAUGCCGAGAAACUUCGUCAACACAAACUUACUGUUCAGCGCAAGAAGGAAGAAAAGGAGCGCCGGGACAAAAUCCGUCGUGCUCGCAAGGCGCAAGAGGCUCGCGCUAAAGCAGCUCGUGAACAAGAAGCGAAUGCCAAUGCUACAGGCAUGCCGGGAAUGGGUGGCAUGCCAGGAAUGGGCGGCAUGCCAGGAAUGGGUGGCAUGCCAGGAAUGGGCGGUAUGCCAGGAAUGGGCGGCAUGCCGGGAUCGGGUGGUGGGAUGUUCGAUAGCGAGAACCUUGUGAAGCUUCUUAGUGAUCCAGAAAUCAUGGCUGCAUUACAGGACCCAGAGGUGACCAAAGCUUUCUAUGAUGUAUCUUCAAACCCAGCCAACUUUGCCAAAUAUCAGAACAACCCAAGAGUGGCAUCUGUUUUGGAAAUGCUGCAGAAGAAAUUUGGUGACCAAUGUGGUCCUAACUUAGGUGGAGCAAACCCAGGCGCAGGACCCGAAGGACCAAAACCUUUCGACGAUGACGUAGGCCUGGACUAA